AAUUGUCUAAGUUUGUUCUAUUUUUUUUUUUUGUACUGAAUCUUUCUCUCUCUUUUUCUGGAACUGAUCAUUCAUAUAGAUAAUUAGAAUUUACAAUAAUAGUAUUCUCUAAAGUGUUCUAAAGUCUUCAAAGUUUUGUCAAAGACAUAUACAGCUUAUGGCACAGGAACUAAGGUAGAAAAGAUGAUACUACGAAGAUAUGAAUACUCCCUGGCAAAAAAAUUGCAAAAUCGACAUUAGAGUGCCGGUUAACGGAGCGCGAAAGCACCAGCAGAUGAAAUCAACAUCGAAUCGCGCAUUAGCAUACAAAAAUAGUAGUGCUGGCCUUAUUCACCUUGCCAACCAAGAUUCAUACGUUCCGUCUAAACAAUAAGAUUUCGUACUUGAGAUCCCGUAAAAAGGUUGCGUGUACCCGAAUGAAACACUACGCCUACGUACACUACAGCGUUUCAAUAUCGGUCAAUUAGGAAAUUGAGAAACUCGUGUUGCAUCUGUGCUGGGAAAUCGUAUUGUUUUUCGUGUUAUAACAUCGUCCACCAUUUAACAACCUAGAUGGUGUCAGCCUUUAAGGUAUCAGUGAUUUUGCUACUGACAUAUUCAUCGAUCAGUUCUGCUCGUUCGAACAUCGGCAAUUGGGAAGCCUGCGGUGGAAGAUUGGAACGUGCCCUAGAUGCACUUCACAAAGACUCGAGCAGAAGGAAAGGACUUGAAGAGGAGGAAGCGGGAAUGUUUUAUCAACAAGAACUCCGUUCUGUACCACUUGAGAUGUCAGUCUCCCGGAUUGCUGUUAAAUUGCCACAAGGUGCUAGAAACACCGGAAAUCCAUGGGCCAGGGUCGAAAAAUGUAUUUACGAGCCUAGCAACAAUUCUCUGCAGACUCGGGUGAUGUUUAAUGAUUUAUCCGUCUCUGGGAUAGUUUCGUUAAUGCCACGGGAUCAUCAACCACCUAUACCGGCUGAAUCUUGUACGAUGACUCUAAGAUUGAGACGAGCAGGUGUUGAUUUUUUAACAAGUCCAAUCGCUCGUGGUAGAGGACAGAUGCGCAUUCGAACAGAGUCCAGCUUCUUAGAGCCCAGAUUUGCUUCUAUCUACGCUUACGGUUGUCGCCCUACGCGUUUAGACAAACAAAUUAAAAGACAAGACAAGUGGCCUCCAUUUUAUCCACCUCGAGACGAGUAUGGGCUUCUGCCCCUAACAUUGCACGAUGAUUAUGAAGCAGCGGAACCACGUCAAUUGGUGGGUGUUUCAAAAGAAGUAGAUAUCGUUAUACCAAACGAAACUCGUCAGUCUCGUAUCGUAAGCGCACCUCUUACGAAAUUAGGAAUAUGGAGAAAAAACAUUUGGCUUACUAAAUCUCCACCAAGAGAAAAGCGAGCCCUGGUCGAAUCUGACGUUGUCGUAAGUUCCUCGAGCGUUCGCCGCUUUCCAGGAUCUUUCGAAAGUGGUGAGGAAGCCAGCAGUCAUCCCAUAAAGAUAUUACGAUCUACGGAGACAAUUACUCCCGAAGAUUUCGCAACAGCAUUGACCAGUAAACGGUCAAAAACCAACGAAACUGGCAAUUGCACCGAACAACAUCAAACGAGGCAAAGCAACUUGAACAAUAUAACGAAGAUUCUUCCAAAAAAUUUAGACGACAACAGCGAAUCAAAGGCGAACGUUAAAAGAGAAAAUAGCUAUCACAUAAGUGAAAACGAUGCGCCGAAAGAAACCAGACAUUUGUAUAUCGAUGAAACGUUGGAUAAUAUUUUCCCAAUUGACUUAGAAAACGAUAGUAGAAGUUGGCAAUCGAAAGAACACGUCGCCAGAGAAAUGGAAGAUGUGUUUUUACGCGGUGCCAGUCAGGCUUUGACCAGAUACAUAGAGAAACAGCUACAUCCUGCUAUUAAAGAAACACUUAUGAUUUCCAUGGGAUAUACUAUCAGUUACGGAUAACACGUUCUUUCCUUGAUUGAUUAGUACCAAUUUGUUGUAAUUCAAUUUUUAGGAAAUUUGUAUAGUUAUUGUAGGAAUACGAGCAAAAAAUCAGUGUCGUCGUUGUAAUAACGUUAAUUUCUAGUCUUUAAUACUGAUGUCUAGAAAAGUGAAAUGAUAAAUAUUUUAUUAAAAAAUUCUUUGUUUUUAAAUAAAUAAAGUUGGAAAGUUUGCUUUUUAUGGUUAAUACAUGCAUUUAGGAUCAAUUGUAAAUGACAAAUUAUCGUAACUGUCCUUGAUCCUUAUUAGUCCUUCGUUUCUUUCUCUACAAUUCUGAAAGUUAAUUUAAAUCUCAAUUUCGUAAUGAGAUGUAUUAUUAACCAGAGCAUAAAAUAGCAAGGCAAGAAUGGAUAAAGCAUUUGUUGCUUUGUAAUUUAAUUUCGUGAUGUCCGAUAAAACCUAUUUUAUCUAAUAAUAAAUUAGUAGUUGCCUAUACAAAUAUUGUAUAAAUUUAUAGUUUAAUUAAUCUGAUAAAUAUUGUGAUUUAUUUCAAUUAUUAAUA